AUAGGAUGCUGUGGAGCAGACGGAGCCAACGACUAUAUAGGACUGAAGCGAGCUCUGCCGGCUGAGUGCAGAGAUACGGUGACCGGCAACUGCUAUUUCCACGGCUGUGUUGAUGAGCUCACCUGGACCCUGGAUGAACGCUGUUUCUGGCCCAUCUACAUAGCUAUCACCCAGUGUUUCUUACAUGUAUGUCGUUACAAAAAUUAAUCCAAUUUAUUAAAA